AUGGCGAUACACAUCAACGCGCAGGUGCAGGCCGCCAAGGCGGCUCCUCAGCACGAUAAAGAUGAUGGCCCAUGGCUGGGCGGUUGGAGCGGGUCAUGGCGUCACACCUUUGUCGCGGCUCUGCGAGCCAUCUUCGUCCCCGAUGAGCUGAGCAGCUCGCGCAACAUUGCAAAGUACUGCCCGCUCAUCGCUGCGGUGAUCGCUCCCAUGAGUACCCUCAUGGAUAUACCGGCCCUUAGUCAACAUUGGUAUACGUACAACGGGGGGCCAAUGCCUGAUCCAGUUGCGUGUGUGGUGCUCUCAGCCUUGGGCUUGGCCCUCAACGUCGUCGCCAAUAUGCUACUGGUUGUACGGUUCAGCGGAACAAGUAUUUGGAGGAAGGGUACAACCUUAUCGCUCUUCUUCUGGCUCGGCAAGACUCUUGUGGCUCUAGUCAACCUCAUCUACUUUGGAGCAACAACCCGCAAUGGAGAUGGUUUCCGCUAUGCGGAAGGAUUCUGGUGCGCCGUCGCUUCCAUCACCAUGUCGGGUAUCAUCUCUGUUUGCCUGCUCUUCCACUACUUCUUUGCAUUUGGUCACAAAGACGCCGAUCAGGAAGACAUCCGCCUCACUGGACGCAAGUUUAUGAUUUCAGUCACGUUCUUCAUGAUCCUAGUCGGCUUCCAGGCCCUCGCCUUUAACCAACUGGAACACUGGGCAUACCUCGACGCCAUCUACUUUUCAUUGCAGUGCGCGUUCACGAUCGGCUACGGUGAUCUCACGGCGCACACGGCAGCGGGCAAGGUGCUCGUCUUCCCCUUUGCGGUCCUCACCAUCUCCCAACUCGCCAACGAGGUCUCCCUUAUUGUCGACUUUGUCCGCAAGCGCUCACAAGAUAAGCGUGACCACUGGCGAAAGCGCUACUCGGUCGCCAUGCACCGCGAAGCGAUCAAGCGCAAACCAUACGCUACCCUCAUUGACGAAAUGUCGCUUAUCCACCAGAUCAACCUUCACCAGGAAACCAUGAUCCAGCUGUAUGACCUGUUCUGGUCUGGUCUCACCCUCCUGCUCUUCUGGCUCGUGGGCGGUCUCGUAUUCCACUACGUCGAAUUCUGGGGCUUUGGAAACUGCCUGUAUGCCGUCAUGGUCCUCUCCUUGACAAUCGGCUUUGGCGACUUCUGCCCCGUCACCCCUGGAGGACGCGUGUUCUGGAUCUGCUACGCGAUGAUGGCAGUGCCUAUCGUGACCAACUUUGCCGUCCAGACCGUCACCGGUAUUAUGUACACCUGGUCCGAGCACAGGUUUACGCGGUCGCGCUUUGAGAUGGAGCGCGAGCGUGACCCAGAGGUGUUUGCACCGCACUCGCACUUUAUCCUACGCCACCACGAGCAGUGGGAUCCCACACGCCACGAGUACCUCGCUACCAAGGUGGACUCGCCGAUCAAGAUCAAGAUGGACCCCAAUUGGGGAGCGAAUGCUCCAGUGCCCAAACCUCGUGGCAAGAACGGCGGCAACGGUGCUGAUAACAAUGUGGGCAAAAACGCAAGAAAGGAUAGUGCCGGCAGCAAGUUGAGUCUUGCCAGUCUCGCCAGCAAAGUCAGCAAGUUCAGCACUGCCAGCAAAUACAGCACUGCGAGCUCAAACGGCCGUGCCAGUCCCAAUGGCAAGGCCAGUAUGAACGGCGACACAGGGCGCUUGUCCGAGUCCAAGGCCAAAACCAAGCCCAAGGAGAUGGAAACGGUGGAAGAGCACGAGGUGUCGGACGAGGAACUGGACCAGAAGAACGAGACGGCUGAGGACCGCGUCGUCGCGGAGAUGCUCUCGGACAACGAUGCUCACAGUGACGUCGUUGAGGCUCUCGGCGCACCAGACAUGGACGACAGCAUGGAGACUGCCCAAGCCGAUGACAGCGGCGAUCCCGUGAAAGCUCUGCAGGACUAUGUGGCGAAGACCAGGUCCUCACCGUCGCCCCUCUCGACCGUGCGCACCACAUCCACUCCAGACCAUGACCCCAGCGAUGACGCCGACGACGAAGGGGGUGGUGACGACGGUGUGGAUGAUGACGAGGCCGACGAGAUCGCCAAAGCCGAGGCUGCCGCUGAUCCCAACAUGGACUCACCACAGUCUGGAGGGUCGCCGCGGAGACAAAGCCUUGACAAGCCCAAGCCGACGACCCUCAAGCACGAGAAGCCAGUACCUCAUCAGCCUGCAUGUGGACCCCGUCUCAUCAUGCCCGACCGUGACACAGAGAACAACGCGCACCACCUUGAGCUCAACCUAAUCAAGGAGCUCGUGGACCGCAUCACUCGCCUCGAAGCGCAGGGACGCCAGAUGUUGAUUGAUACCAUGGACCAGGACCUGGCGCGGACCCUCCUCCUUGCAGACCGCAACUUGCAAAUCCGUGACGCAUUCCAGCUGUACGGCGACAACAUUGACCUCAACAAGACGUUCAAGGAAGAAGCCGAGAAGACGCGCAAGGACCACAAGAAGAAUAACGAGUUCGAACGCCAAGCUCACAUUCUGGACACGGACGGGGCCGAAGACGACGACAUGCUCACUCGUGUCCGCCGGUACCGCAACACGUUUGCCGAGAUUCUCGUCCUCUCGUCUACCCUGCUGAAACUCGAGGGCGACGACUUGAAGCGCUUUGAGCGCUGGCAUGUCGGCGACCUGCACCAUUCCAAGCGCCGAAACCUCCACGAGGACCCCCAGAGGCCCAAAGGGUCACGCUUGAGGCGACUGUCCGACUGGUCCAAGGGUAGAAAGACGCCUUACAGGCCGAGGAAGGACCCAGAGAAAGCUGAACCCGAGGUCAAGAACGAGACGCAGCAUCACCGCAACUUCACCCACCACCACAGGAAGAAGGGCUUCCCCUCGGUGCCUACAGACGCUACCAACGACAGCGAGGCUCCAUCGUCGGCGCUGGGAACAUCCUCCGCUGCGCUGUUGCCCAAAUCCGACACGACAGGGACCGGUACCACGGGCAGUGGACCCCCGGCCGCACCACAGGCGUCUGACCGGAGCAAGCACGUCCAUGUGACUCUCCCCGCGGACCCCAACGACACGCGCGGCGAGGCCAACCCCAACCCCAACCCCAUCUCACCGACCCAGCACCCCUUCCGGCGCGCGGUAUGGCACCACAUGUCGUCCAACCUGCUCGGCGACGCGGACAAGGAAGCGGGCGAGGUCAAGGUGUCGGGCAUGUCCAAGGUCAAACACCUCGCGUCGUCCAAGAACCCCAAGGAGAAGCAGACGUGGGAGAGCCUCCGCAAGGAAUGGGACCACGACAGGGAGAUCCUCCGCAAACAUGUCGAGCUGAACCAUCACACACGGGCGAGGAUGAAGCAGAGAGAAGGACAGGCAGAGGAGGACGAGGAGGAGGAGGAGGAAGAGGGAGAGGUUGGAGAAGACGCCUCCACCGAGUCUGAGAGCAGGCCGCCGACGCCGCCCAGGAGGUCGCGGCGGUUCUCGGCCGGAGGAGGUUUGCUGCGCGAUUGA